AAAAACUUCCAGCACUUGCGACGGAUCGCGGGCUGCGUUUUGAGUGGGUUUCGCUCUGCGAGGAGAGACUUGCCUGCGUUACCAGUGUCCGCAGCCGCGCAUGGCGAGGGAUCUGAUCGGCCCAGCUCUGCCGCCGGGCUUCAAGGCCCUCGGGACCGCGGAGGACAAGGAGCGGGACCCCAGCCCCGUUGCAGGACCAGCCCUACCCCCUGAUUAUAAAAGCAGUAGUUCAGAGUCAUCAGACAGCGAUGAGGACAGUAGCUCUUUGUAUGAAGAAGGAAAUCAAGAAUCUGAAGAAGACGACACUGGCCCAACUGCAAGAAAACAGAGGAGAAAUCAAGGUGAUGACGACGAUGAUGAUGAAGGGUUUUUUGGACCAGCCCUUCCUCCUGGAUUUAAAAAGCAAGAUGAUUCUCCUCCAAGGCCUAUCAUAGGUCCUGCGUUGCCACCUGGUUUUAUUCAAUCUGCUCAGAAAAGUGACAAAGCCAGAGAUGAUCCAGGACAACAAGUAUCAUCACAUUUCAACUCUGAGGAAACAGAUAGCAGUGAAGAUGAGAACAUUGUUGGACCAAUGCCUGCAAAAGGACCGGUUAACUAUAAUGUGACAACAGAGUUUGAGAAAAGGGCCCAGAGAAUGAAAGAAAAACUGACGAAAGGAGAUGAUGAUUCUUCUAAACCAAUUACAAGGGAGUCGUGGAUGACUGAGCUUCCUCCGGAAUUGAAACACUUUGGUCUUGGGCCCAGAACUUUUAAGAGAAGAGCCGAUGACAAAUCUGGAGAUCGAUCAGUCUGGACAGAUACUCCAACUGACAGGGAAAGGAAAGCUAAGGAGACACAAGAAGCAAAGAAGUCAUUCAGUAAGAAGGAUGAAGAACGUGUAUUAUCAGGAAGGGAAAAGAGAUUGGCUGAGCAGGUAUCCUCAUAUAAUGAAUCAAAAAGAUCAGAAUCUCUUAUGGACAUUCAUCAUAAAAAAUUAAAGAAUAAGGCUGCUGAAGAUAAAAAUAAGCCCCAAGAAAGAAUACCAUUUGACCGUGAUAAGGAUCUCAAGGUUAAUCGGUUUGAUGAAGCUCAGAAAAAAACUCUAAUCAAGAAAUCUAGAGAACUGAACACCAGAUUUUCACAUGGCAAAGGCAGUAUGUUUUUAUAAGGGGAUUUCCCUGUGCAAUGAAGAAAAGUUGAAGAAUACUCUUUUAUCUGUCUACCUUUAUUCCUUUGUUUUGAGUUUCCUAAGAUUAGACAUUAUUUACUUUAGUCUUAAAAACCAUACAAGCUUACCUUGUUCUGUUUGGUUUUUAAAGUCAUGUGGAAACAUAAAAUCAGUGUUUAUUAUGUAGAAUAGGAGUUCAUGUGUCUUUGGCUUCUGAGAAAGCAUGGGCUUUUCUUCGGAUAAUUAAGAGGAUUUCCCCCUGCGCCCUAAUUUUUCUGGUGUCUCAAGUACCCUCUCAGACCUAGUCAGGACGACCCACUGAGUCUCUACCAUGUCAGAAAUCGCUAACCUACCCUGGACAAGUGUGCCAGGUCCCUGCAGUAAACCCAUAAAUUUGAAAUGAUUUGGAUUUUCCCUCCAAAUUGUGGUCAAUACACAUUUCCUUGAAAAUAGGAGAUAUGGAAGACUGUUUUGUUAAGUUUGCUUGUUAACUCAAUGCUUUUUAUUUGUUGUUUGGGGUUUUUGAUCUGUUUGUUUUUAAGUCAGGAAGAGGGAUCUCUGUGUUACCUAAUGUACUAGGGAAAAACUAUUUUGGUUUUUUCAACUUGAAUAAGUAUUCCUAGGGGAGGCAAUCUGAGGCACAAGAUGUGCCAUUAACCAUUAGCAGUGUGACGUCCACGGCUCACCUCUGGGACCUCAACCAAAGCUCGCGAGGUCUUUAACCUAUGCUUGACCCUGAUCUUACUAUACCCAUUUAUAUUUAACAGAUUUUAGCUAACUUAUUGGGGACAGAUCUUUUAUAUCAAUCAUGAAUAGGCUUUUUUAAAAAAUGAAACUGUAAUCAUAACCACCGUAGUGGGAGCAUUUUAAAUUUGGAAUGCUUUAAGAUGUUAAAUAGAAAAUCCUAAAUAGUUAAAGCCCGAAUUCAAAUUCUGUAAGUGAUAGUUCCUUACAAAUUGAUACUAAUUGUUCUGCUAGUCCUGUGUCCUAGUCUUGAUGAAGCACAAGGUUUUAAUGGGAAAAGAUUCGGAUUCUAGUUCAUUUAGACUUUAUGAAAAAUUGAGUAAACUGUUCAAAUAAUUGAGUAAUAAUUGAGUAAACUGUUCAAAUAAACUGUACAAAUGAUUCUCCUUCUACUCAUAGCAAGGCAGUGAUAUUUUCCAUAACAAGUGUAAGUAGUAGCCGACUCAAGGGGUGUUGCUGUUAAAAGAUGAAUUAGUCUCCUGAGCAAAUGCAUGAAAAGGCUUCUUUCUCGUCUAAGCAGAAUUGAACAGAGCUCCCUUUUGACGAAAGAUGUCAUUUUUCGUGAGCGAUAUUUCUGGACACAAAACUUGAUGCAGCAGCAUCCAUUGCUGUUGUUUAAUUUUGUUAUAAUUUUUUCCCUGAUGAAAGGAAGAGGUGUUUUCUAGUUCCUCAUUCUUCUAUAAAUUCCUAAUAUAUUUUUGGGAAAUUUGGUAUUUUUUAAAGUACAAAUGACAUCCAUGGCUACUUCCUUUUGCUUUGCUUUCUUCAUCUUAAGGGCGUAGGGAUAGUUCUAUAUUAUUUAUUUACUAUUUCGUGCCUCACCCCUGCUGUGUCCAUGACCUUAGCAAAAAGGAGAAAAGCCUCUUCUUUCUGCCUAGUACUUUCCACAAGUUACCACCUUUCUGCCACCUCGCAUCGAAUGCUCUUUCGUGCCCCACUGAGGCCAGUUUUAAUGAAAUGUGAGGCCAGAUCAAAGGUCUUCUGCCCCGUGGAGAGAAAAAGCCCAGUAUAACAACACUGACAAUAAAAGAACCAAAUAGCUGUUCGUACAGAAUGGAAAGGUGUUCAUUCCAUUCCCUCCCCUCUUCUGAGCUGCAAAAGGCCUGAUUGAAUCAACCCAUCUGGCAGAAAAUUGAGAUUGUUGACAUUUUCUAAUAGGAACUUUUUAAUGUCCUAUGCUUCUUAGCCAAGUUUUAUAGAACUGUGACCUCUCUUGAAACUUAAAAAGAAAAAGAGCAACAGUAAUUUCAAAAAUUGAAGCAGCUACUUUAAUGUUCUUUACUGAUGAAGGUGACAUUUUAGUUCAUUGUACUUGAAAUUAUAUGAUUUUGUCCACUUCUAAACUGUCAUCUGAAAUAGAUUUAGACGCUUCAGAUUUACCACAUUACUAAUAAAUAAAUGGUGGUUUUAGCAAGUGCGUGUAUUGUGAAGAGGGACAAAAGGUGAGAGAUGGUGGCUAAAUCCAUAAUAAGACUUUUAUCAGAUAAACACUUUUUAUAUUGUGUAAAGUGUCUAAAUUAAGCCCUGCUCUCAAGUAAAAGCCACGGUCUUACUAAGAGUUCUUCAUCUUGUUUGCAUGUAGCAAUCACUUGACAUUUAAUCACUUGAACAUUCAAUGGUUCUUUGAAUGCAUGGUGUUUUUUUAGAAGUGAGGUUGAGAUUUAAAUGGUACUGAGGCUUACGUGCUCCAGAAGAGAUUAAUGGUUAUUAUAUAAAUUAUCUGAUCCCAGAACAUUAUGGCACUUUUGUUUCUUAGAUAAGGUGGAUAAUGAUAAUAUUAUUAAUCAGAAAUAUGUGAUCAUGAGAGAUCAUUUUUAGGCUAUUUACAAGAGCCCAUAUCGCUUCUCUCUUUUUCCAUGGCAAUGCUGGGAAACAAUUCUCUGUUGAGUUAUUAUAUAUAUCUAAGGAAGAAUUACCAGGGAGGGAAGUAGUCAGAGACAGUACCCAUGUAACAUCAAAGCCAAAUAUUCUAUUUCAGAAUGUUAACUUGUUUUCCUUUGACUUUUGAUGCCAUCAUGUGAUUUAAAUCUACAGUUAUGAAAGGUCAUGCAUUUCUUACUAUAGGAGAAGUAUAUUUUUUGCAGUUUAAAAAAUUAACUGUGACUGUAGUAUGUCCAAAAUUAAAAAGCUAUACGCUGCCCCUUUCAACCUUUUCAUUUUGAACUUUACAGUUAAAAGACUUUUUAGAAAAGAAUUCCUGAGGUGUAAUUUUUUUACG